AUGUCUGCCAAAGCACAAUCGGCCCCCAUAAAUUUUCAAUCACCACCACAAAAUCAUCAUCACCAUCAUGAGGAAGAACAGGAACACCACCAUGUGGUGGUUGAUGAUGGUUCUUUAUCGGUGAGCACCAUGGAGCAAAGAAGGAAGAGCGGAGAAGGCAUGCAGUCCUCUUCAUCACAACCCCAACACAUCCGAUCCUUUUCAAACCAAGGGAUUGGUUCAACCUCUCCUGGUAACGGUGAUGGACUCUUUUCUAAAAUAUCAAAAUAUUUCAAAGCAACACCUCCUACACCUAUAGUACAAAACGAAUCCUCAUCACAAUAUUCUCCUUCACUGGGAAACAACAGUUCAUCAUCAGCCAUUACAUCCUCUAAUACAAUAUCAAGCAAUAGUAAUAAUAACGGAAUACUCAGUAACAGCAUUGGAAAUACUAAUACUGCCGAUUAUUAUCAGCAAAAACAAAAACAACUUCAGAAGAAACAAAAGAAAAAGGGACCCCCUAAACCUGGUACCAUGACAAAGGUUAUCGGUGCUUCAUUCCCUCUGGAAGCCAUUUCCGAACAAAUUGGAGUUUUCCCAACAACAAGCAACGAACACGAUGGUGGACAUUCUUUCAGUGAAUUAUCCAGUUCUCAAACAAGUUCUUCAAAGAAUGGAGUGUUUGAUCCCUUUGCUGACUCUGAACUAUCUAGAUCUUCGAUUGGAAGCGACAGUGCUUCCACGCCCACUUCUUUUGUAAUCAGAAAUUCAGGAAAUAUCAGCAAUUAUCUUAGCGAUGAUGAAGGAGUAUCCGAAUCAAAGAUUGAACGAUUUAGACAGUUGUUAAAUACACAAGAGGACAUUGAUGUUGAUGGUUUACGGAAACUCAGCUGGAGAGGCAUUCCUUCUUCCGUCAGAGCCAUGGUUUGGAAGCUUCUGUUGGGCUACAUGUCGUGCAAUCGAGAAAGAUCCGAAAAAAUUAUUGCGAGAAAGAGAAAAGAAUACCUAGAUUAUGUGGCAAAAUAUUAUAAUGAGGAGCACUUACAGAAAACAGAACAAGAGACUGCACUUCAAAAACAAAUACAUAUUGAUGUACUAAGAACAAAUCCCGAUCUUCAACUCUUCCAACAUCCAAGAAUUCAAAAUUGUUUGGAGAGAAUAUUGUAUAUUUGGAGUAUAAGACAUCCUGCCAGUGGUUAUGUUCAAGGUCUAAACGAUCUUGUGACACCUUUUAUGAGUGUAUUUUUAUAUGACAUGAUGAAGUGUGACAUUUUAUCGUGUGAUCCUGACCAGAUUCCAGAGGAAAUUUUGGAGUCAAUGGAAUGUGACAGUUUUUGGUGCUUUACUCAAUUUAUUGAUUUUAUACAAGAUCAUUAUACGUUUGCACAACCAGGAAUACAGCGAAUGGUCAACAAGCUUGAAGAAAUUAUUCAAAAAAUUGAUGCACCUUUGUUCUCACACUUACAAAGCAACAAUCUAGAAUUUAUUCAGUUUGCAUUCAGGUGGAUGAAUUGUCUCCUCAUGCGAGAGGUAUCUCUUAAAUUAAUUGUAAAACUUUUCGAUGCCUACAUUGCAGAGGGUGAUGACUUUGAAAGCCUGCAUGUAUACGUUUGUGCUGCCUUCUUAAAAUCAUGGAGUGAGAAAUUGCAGAAAAUGGAGUUCACAGAAAUGGUUCUGUUUCUUCAACAUUUACCCACACGGCAGUGGACCUUUAACGAAAUGGAUCUUCUCCUUUCUCAAGCAUACAUGUUGAAGGUUCUUUAUGAUGGAAAUAAUCAUCUGAACUAA